GGAGACGCGGACACUGCCCCCUCUCGCGCCCCAGAGCGCCCUUCGGACGCUGGCGAAGAGACCCUCCGGGAGUGACGGCCCUUCCUUUCGGCGCCCUCCGGCCCGCUGCUCAGACAGUCUCUUAGCAACAGCCGCGAGUCCGGCCGCCCAGAGCCGCGCCAGCCGCCGCCGCGGGCUCAACUCCACCCGGCGGAGCCCGGCGCGCCGCAGCCACACAAAAGAGGCGCUGGGGCCCGCCCGGGAGCGCCGCGGCAGGGCUCGCGGGGAGGCGCAGGAGGAGCGGCGGGGGGGAGGACGGCUCCGAGGCAGGAUGCGGGCUGCGGAAGACCUGACACUUCUUGGAAACUCUUGGAAAUGGCUCCCGCCACGGCAGCGGAGGAGGCUGCGAACCUGGGGCGGGCGCUCGCCCCCGCUGGGCUGCUGAGCCGCGCUCGGCUGGUGGGCCCCGAGGCGCUGUAUCUGCGCCUCGCCGUCGGCUCGGGCUGAAAAAGUUUCUCCAUGGUUCCUUUGUGUCGCCCGAGCGCCCGUUCGCCGGCCCGGAGCUGCCCCAGCCUUCCCGGCAGCAGGAGGUGGCGGAGCAGCUAGUGGGCAGCCGGCGCCCCCACUACACAAGCCUCUGCCACAGAGACUAGCCCCGCGCGGCACCGGCUCACCAUGAUCGCCACCGGUGGCCUCCUGAGGAUUUCCGCCAGAAAGCAGGAUCCCCUCCGCCCCCCAACCCAGGUCCCCAAGCGCAAGCGGAAAGCCAAGAAAAGGCGCAAGAACGAUGUAGUGGUGGUGAAAGGCAAGCUAAAGCUGUGCUCCAUCUCGGGGCUCAUUGCCCUCUGCGGGAUCCUGGUGCUGCUGGUGGGCAUAGCCAUGGCGGUGGUGGGCUACUGGCCCAAGGCCAACGGGACCAACAGGGAAGGGGGUAAGCAGCUGCCGGCCGCAAGCAGCGGCCACCGCGUCCCGACCACGGCCAAUAGCGGCGGCAGUGGCAGCAAAAACCGGUCCAGGAGCCACCUGGGGGCUCCGGGGGGUGUCAACUCUAGUUUGAUGGGCGCGCCGCGGAGCACACCUCCAGCGCGGCCCGCCGGCCCUUCGUCCUCUUCCACGUCUGUGGGUUUCUUCUUCCGCAUCUUCUCCGGAUACCUGCACUCUGACAAACUCAAGGUCUUCGGGCCCCUCAUCAUGGGCAUCGGCAUCUUCCUCUUCAUCUGCGCCAACGCGGUGCUCCACGAGAACCGAGACAAGAAGACCAAGAUCAUCAACCUGCGGGACCUCUACUCCACCGUCAUCGACGUGCACAGCCUCCGCGCCAAAGACCUGGCGGCUGCAGCGGCUGCGGCGGCUGCCGCCGCCUCCUCGUCCUCCGCCCCCGCCUCGGCGCCCCCCGGAGCCCCGCCGCUCAACGGCUUCCUCAGCUACGUGCAGUCGCGGGGCCUGGAGCUGCAGCCCGGGAGCUGCGGCGGCAGCGCGGGGGACGCCUUCGGGGCGGCGGUGCUGGCCAGGGGCUCGUGGUCCCACCCCGCCGUGCUGGGCGGGGGCGGCGGCGGGGCCAAGGGCGCCGCGUCCCCGCCCGACCUGGUCUCGUCCCCGCGCUGCUCGCGGGAGCCCCCGAAGCUGGCGGAGGCCGUGUACAGCAUCUACCGCGAGCGCUCGGGCGUGGCCAGCCGUCGCCGGGCCGCCGCCGCUGCCGCCGCCGCUGUGGCCGCUGCCGCCGCCGCCACCACCGCGGUCGCCAGCAGCGGCAGCAGCCCGGCGCCCUGCAGCCCACCCGAGAGCUGGGGGCGCCAGAGCACCACCAGCUCCCUCGUGGGCUCCUCGCUGAGCGCCUUCGCGCUACUACCCUUGCAAGGGGACCGCGACGGGGACGGGGAUGGGGACGCGGAGGGCACGAGCUGCAGCUGGCAGAGGCCGCCUGGGGAACGUGGCUCCCGGGAGAUCCCGCGGGGCGAGCUCGACCUGGGCUUGACCGACCUCCGCGGUGCCCCGGGCGGCUCGCGCUGGGCGCCCAGCGAGCUGGAGGAGCCCGAGGGCGCAGCGGCGGCGCGCACCGCCAGGGGGCAGGGUGGCCGCCUGCCCAGGACCGGCAAGUACGCGGCCCUGCGGCGCCGCAGCACCAGCGGGCUCCCGGACUACCGGGCGCCACCGUCCCCCGAGCCCCCACCCUCUCCGCGCAGCGCGGAGCUGGACUCGAGCCUUCUGGCCAAAGCUGCCUCCCCCUCCCCGCCCCUGCGGCUGGAGGACUCACCCCCAGCCAGGCCGGACUCGUCGAAUGACCCAUCCUGCUGCAAUAAGGGCUACACCCCGCUGCGGGAGGCUGGCACCUCUUUGGAGUCGGUUGUGGAAACAGCCCGUGAAAGGCCAGACUGUGAGGCCGCCACGGCCCCGGGGGCGCAGCAGAGGCCCCCGGAGGAUCCCAGCCAAGGGUCACCACCCGCGGCCCGGCCACCUCAGCUGGUGCAGAGGCAGUUUACAAACAAGGAGAAACUCUUCAUGAUUUCCCGGUCUCACGCAAUAGGGGUAGAGGAUGGAGAACUGGAAAGUACUGGCAUUUAGGAAAAGAAGGAGCGAGAGGGGGCAAAAGAGUCAGAGAUUUGGGGAAAUGCCCAUUUGAAUCGGUGAAUUUAACAUUUCCCUAUUUCCUUGUGGACUUACCGGAGGAAAUCAUCCAAUACCCAAAGAGCUGCAGAAUGUUAUCCUUGAAUUGCGUUCACAAGAUUCCUGUAGAUAACUCCAAGCAAUUUUUUUUUUUAAAGCAAACUAGUCUUUUAUGUCCGAUGGUGAUUGUAUGUUCCAUGAAAACCAAAUGUAUUAAAAGGUCAGCAAUCUAAUUCAUUAGAUAAAAUUCUCUUAAUUUUCUUAGGAUCAAAAUAAUAUAUUUUUUUGACAGUAACUGUGCACUUUACUCCAACUUUUUUCUCCCCCUCAUUUCCCUAACCCUGUUCUCUGCCGCUGGUUUUGUCCAUAGCUGCUUGUGAAUGACAAGCUUUCCUUCUCCUGUGCUUUUGUGGAGCAUAGAAGGGUUUGUCGAAGUUCUUUGAGAACUGACCUUACUAAAUGAAGUCAAAGCCAGAAGCAAAGAGUAUGUCAGGAAAGAGCACUUUCCUUGCCCUGCCCUACUCUGCUCCAACAGCUCAAAGGCCUCUUUAUUUUUUAAAAGGGUAUUUACAUUUUGCUACUAGGGGAUCUAAUGGAGGAGGGGAUGGGCAUCAUCUACAUGGAUUGUUACAUUCCUAAGUUCACUAUAUCAAGUUACACAAUACUUUAUUGAGUAUUAUCACACCUGUAUUGCAUAUAGCAUUAUUAAAAUCUUUUUUAAUAAAAGAAGUUUCCAAACAAACAGUUAAACAUAAUAUCGCUUCAUUUUGCCUUGGAACUAAUGCUUCUAAUACACAUUAAACAUUUAACAGUUCAGCUGGUCAAUCUAAAAUAUUUUGCUAUGACACUGUACUAUGAUUGUAGCUAUAUCCUCCCCCAAAGUGCUCAGUGCUAUCGUGACUCCAUCCAUUUCCAGUAUAUUUUUAACUUUUAAAUAUAGGGUAGUAUUGAACAUUUGGGAGUUUCUCUUUCAAAUAGAAUGAAACAUUAAAUAAAUAGUAAUUUUCUAUAAUACUUCUAAGUUUACCUCAAAGUAUUAAUUUACAGAGCACCAGGCUUAAUGGCCCCUUUUCAUCCUCUUGGAUUUGACUUAUUUGGUUUUGAUUUUAAGUUCAUGAUCUUGAAUCCAUGGCCUACGUAGGCUAAAAAGGUAAUGUUUUAAUAAUUUGGUACA